AUGACGACUGGGCACUUCGUUCCCUCGUCCGUCUCUCUCCCUCUCCUCUUCUCCUCCUUCGCCAUCGCUGCUGUCGUGAUGUAUCCCCUGCUCUUCCCUAUAAUGGCACCUGCUGCGGUUGUUGUGUCGCCGGUUGCCCCUGUCUUUGCCGCCCCCGUGAUCGCCGCUGCCCCUGCUGCUCUUGGCGGCGACUUGGUGCUAGCGGCGGUGUCCGCCACCACUGGCGGCCCGGCCCCGGCGGUGGUGCCUGCCGAGGCUGUUCAGUCGGCGCCUGCAGCGCCUCCGUUGGUUCCGCCUGGGCAGCCGUGUCGAGUCUCCUCAGCGCCGCUCAUCGGGCGGGAACUGGCAUGCGCGACGGGGUGGGCGCGGGGGACGUGGAGGGGAGGUUACGGUCGUGGACGUGGCGGCGCGUUUGAUGGGCCGGUGACGAUGGCUGACUUGCAGCGGGUUGUAACGGCUGCGAUGCGCGAGGAGAGGGCCCUGCAGGCAAACCAGCAGCUCCCUCGUGCAACUGCCGCUCCUCCUCCUGUUGCACCUCCUGUGACUGCACCAGCGGCGGUUGCUCCUCAGCCUCCUGCUCCCCAUGCUCCUUAUCCGUCCUUCCUGCCCUGUGACUCUGCUUCUCGUGCUGCUGGUGUUGCGCAGCCGUUCGAGACGUUUGUGGGUUCUUCCCGCGCGGCCGAGGUUCCGGAGGCGACCCUUGGGCAGCUGUGGCGCCUCUCUGAGGGUUUGCGGGCUGUUCAUCUAAUCCAGAUGUACGGUCACGCGGGUCUCUCCCUUGGGAACACUCUGGUUGGUGGUUCCCGGGACGAGUGUCUUGACGCCGCGGAUCGGCUCGCGGAGCUCCUGGCGCCCGUGUUGGCUGCGCCCGCGAGGGGAGGAGUUGCGGGCGUUGGGAAGCUGGGGACAGCUGUACGGGGCCUGAGGCGCUUUUUGCGCGCUGGGACUGCAGCCGAUGUGAUCGGCGCAAGCACGGCGGUGGUGCGGGAGCUCCACCGCUCUCUGACUGGGCUCCUUGCUGUUCUUGAUGCUGAUCAGUUCUAG